AUGACAAACGCGUACUAUGACGGCUGCCUCCCAGUGAUCGCGAUCGACGUCGCCAUCGAGGAGAAGACGCGGGUCGCCAAGAUGGCUGUUGCGACCUUGCACAAGCUACAGGACGCGAUGCAGCGAAUGAAGGAGUGGCAAGAGGACAGCGUGAAGCUGAAGAGCAGUAUUUGGCGGAUGAGGAUGGCCCUGCAGGCGGACGACAAUCUCGACGACCAGCGAGCAGACCCUCUGAUCGCGCAUCAGAGGGUUCAGAUCAGCCAGUUGAGGCGGACGAACGACGACCUGGAGAACCAAGUGACGAGUCUGAAACGUACCCUCAGCAAGGCAGAGGGGGACGCCGCGCCCGUCCGCGAGAUGGGGAACCAGCUUGCCAGGAUCAAGCAGGAAUUCGCGCACGAGAGGGAACGGCUGAACGACGAGAUCCUGAGUCUGAGGACGCGGCUGAGGGAGACCGAGGAUCAAACGAGCAUGACGCUCGAGCACCACUUGAGGGACAAGCUGGACUUUGCGAGGGGUGAUCGGUCGAUCGAGGUUGUCCUAGCGAACGCGAUCGGCAGGACCGUCGAGACAGUGGUUGGCCUGUCGGAGGAGCUCGUGUUCGUCAGCGAGGACCUGUGUCGGUUCAGGACGAAGAACAGGCGUCUGCGUCUCAAGCUGGACCGACUGCGAGCGAUGCUGCGGACGCGCUGCGGCGACGGCGGCACGGAAUACCGGAAGCGGAUCGGCGAGCUGAGCAAUCUCUCGGCACGAUUGCUCGGCGAGAUGGACCGGUUGAAAGCCAUCAACGAGGAUGCGAAUCAUAACGACGUCCAGGACGUCGUCAGGCUCGUUGAACAUCUGAUGAGUGAUCUGAAAAACAGCCUGAAGAGCGAGCGCGAGGCGCUGAUCGCCGCCGGCGAUCCGGAUUGUCUGCGGUACAUGAGAAAAGUGGUCGAUCUGAGGGUAAACUUGAGGGUGCUGUCCGUGGAGCUGAGACGUUCGAACGCUCUGCUACGCGAGCGAUCGCGAGAAGACUUGCAAAGCAGCAACUGUUGGAGGAAGGUCUCACUGCUGAACGAUUUCCUGCAAAACAUCGACACGGAGACUGAAAGGUUGAGGGUGGAACCGAUGCACAGGUACUGCAGGAUCGGUGGCGUGAGCGGCACGCGAUACGCGGCGAGGGUCGCGGAACUUGAAGCGAUCGUGAAGCGAUCGAUCGGCGUGAUCGCAGCGCUGAAGCAGGACUCAUCGGGGAUGACGAGCGCGAACGGGAGAAGGGCGACGGAGGAGCUGGCGGACUCGAUCGAGCGAUUGUGCCGCAAGCUGAGGGAUCUGGAGGUGCUCGACGACCGCGCGAGUCUGCAGAGCAAAAUCGACCGGCUGGAAGCUUCGGUAAUGCGCCUGAAAUUGGAACUGGCGGCGAGAGACGAGCGUAUACGCGUGCUCAGCGACGAGCACGUGAGCGUUAGAUCGAGCUUGGAGAGGGAUCGCGAGCGGCACGAGAAGAUUGUCGCCGACAUGCGCGCGGAAAAUGAGAGUCUCCGCGAGGGUGUAAGCAACGGGAAGAGAGAAAUAUCGGAGCUGUCGCGCGAACGCGAGCAUUCCACCACCGCGAUGCGACUGAUGAGGGCUGAAAUUGAUGCAGUGAGGAAAGAAUUGCGGGACCUCCGCGAUGACAGAGAGGCGCUAUUACGCGAGACGGAGGGGAUGCGUAAUAUCCUACGGGAGAGGACAGACAAGGAGAUCGAGGACAUUAUCGCGGAGCGAGAUACGCUCCGGGGAAGGCUUGACGCUGAGGUGACGGUGCUAAAGACGAAACUCGAGAUCGCUUCCGAUGAGAAUGCAAAACUGAAAAGUAUAAUCGCGGCAUCCGACUGGGCGGGAGAGGAGCGACCGGACAAGAUGAAAAGCUCGGGGGUGAACGGGCGAGACAAUGGCGAGGGUACGUGGGAGCGUGCGCGGGAUCCGCGAGAUGAGUUAGUAGAGCGCUUGAAAGCCGAGUCGAAUGAGACUAAAAUAAGCUUGGGCGAGGCGAACGAGCAAAUUGACCAUUUGAGGCGCGCGCUGGAUAAAGCCGUCGGUGACAGGAUGAGGCUGGAGGGUGAGAUCUCCGAUCUCAAGUCUAACGAGCAGUCGUUGACGCAUCGAUUGAACGUCCGAACGAGCGUCUGCGAGGCAGCGACAAGAGAAUCCGAGAGAGCCACGGCGGAGAACAAAGCACUAGCGAGUCAGGUCAAACAGCUGGGGAACGAGAACGAACAACUUGCUGCGAAAUUGUCGGAGCUGAAAACUGAAAAGGAGCUGCUGGCUCGCGCGGUCGUCGACGUCGACAAAGAGUUGCAGCAACGAGUUGACGAGUUCAAGUCGGAGCAUAGUGGCCUGCAGGAAAGGAUAAACGAGCGCGAGGACGCUGCGAAGAACUUGGAGUUCCAGCUGAAAAGGGUGCGAGUGGAACUGGAGAACAUGGCCGCCGAAGUGACACGUGUGCGAGCGGAGAACGCGAGGAUCUCCGGCGAUCUGGAGGCGGAAUCCCUGCGGAAAGGCGAGGCCGAGGAGCGCGUGCGAGUGCUGUUGACAGAAAAGAACGAGCUGGCGACACGUAUUAACGAGCUGAACGGCGUGAGCGUUCAAGCCUUACGAGGGCGCUUGAAUAAGGCGGAAGCGGAGAAUGAAUAUUUUUCCAUCGAAUUGAAUAAAUCAAGGCUCGAAAAUGAGAGGAUGAGGGCGAAGAACGCCCUCCUGCAGGUCACCUGCGACAAGAGGGAGCGGGACUACGGCACGCUGAGGAGAGAGAGGGACGAGGCGCGGGGGCUGGCUAAUGAAAUCGGUAGCGAGUGCAGAGUACUCGGUAAUCAACUGAGAAUCCAGCGGAUGAAGUACGAAGCGCUGCGGUUCGCUGCUGCCACGUUGUACCACGAAAAUACCGAUCGUAAGAGUCACUUAAAGAAGAUCGAUAAUCCGCGAUAUCCACUUGCGAAGGCACGCGAGCCGGGAUCCGCGGCCGCUCGUAACGACGUUAAGCACAAACGAGAUUACUCGGAUGCCCUGUGUGCGGCCAUAAAGGACGAGCUGGGCGACGUGGAAUUCAAAGCAGAAUCCGAUACGCGCGCGGUCCACGAUAUCAAAACGAGGAUCAAAGAUAAGCCGAAGAGCACCAAGCUAAAAAGUCUGACGAUUGGGGAUAAGAUUUUGCAAUUGGACGUGGCUGAUUCAAAGCCGAAAGAUCGCCAACUCACCAGGACUGCGCCUGUGCGUAGAAAGGACGAGAACAGUCCACUCGCGGGUAUAGAAGAACCUAGACCGUUCGAGGAAGUUGUCAAUGUUCUGGACGGUCACGUAGCAGUACACAUCUUCUACAAGAGCGAUCAUCUCGAUCGUCCUAAGAAUCCGGCGAUCAUCGGAGACGAGAAAAGCUGGUCUGCAGUGGCCGUUGUCGAUCGCCUUGAAGUCGAGAACACUGCGUUGAAGCUCGAACUGAAUAUUCUUCGUAGCAGCCUGAACUCCAGCGCGAUGGAGGCCGAGAAACUGAGAACGAUGGCAUACGAAGUAAAAAACGAGAUGCAGUCACUGAGACUCGAACUGAUGACCGUGAAAAGUGAGAGGAUGGUUUUGGGGUCACGAUUGGAGAGAUAUGAUAAGGCAUUAGAAGCACGAGAACCCGCGAGGGCGUCUUUAAAGCACGAGCUCACCACCUCGAGCGCGACUUCAAACUUCAACUUCAGGAAGGGUCGCGCGAGCUGCGAGCCGAGCGCGAUGGACUCAACAAGAACAACGUGGACUUGAUAAAUAGUCUGGAGAACGCGAGGAGAAGGUACAAGAAGCUAGUUGCGGCAUCGAGAAUGUUAGAUGAAGACAUAAACAGCCAUCCUGAAGCAACAAAGUCAACUUUGCUCCGAGGAGCUUUCGAGGAGGAACAUGAUGAGAAGCCUGUUUAAUUGAAUGACCUGUAAAUGUAGUCUCACUGCAUUUUGAUGAUACGUAAUCUCACUUCAUUUACUUUGUUCACUCGUUAAAGAUCUCACGCGCGAGCGGGAAAUUUUCUUUGAUAAUUCAUGAAGCCAACUCAUGAUCUCUCCUCUCUCUCUCGGCAGCAACGACGGCGAGGAUUGUUUUAAGGGCGACCGGCAAAACCUUGCGGAAGCUUGCGCGGCUCGCUGCUUCAUCUUUAGCUUUUCAGAGAAGACGAGUAGUUGGAGCCAACCACAGGACAAUGAUAACAGCGGCGUGAUGGCAGGAAGGACGAAGCGAUUGUCGUUGGAGCACGUAAUAAUAAUGCAUUAAUCGCGCGCGCAUGUCGGGCCAUUAUCGCACACGCGGCAAGCCACGUUGAAAAUCCUCGUCUGAGAUUAUUUCGACAAAAAGCUGUAGCUCGUUCCGCGGCAUAGUUGACGCUCAUCUAUCAUGCCGCUGGAGACACGGAGGCGCCUACUGCAAAGCGAGGGCGGAUGGUGCUCCACAUACCCUCUCACCGCGACCAUCCCCUGCGACUAUCACGGCGGUCUUCGAUCUUCGGACUGCGACCAUCACGAUCUUCGGACUCGAACGUGUCUUUCGAUGGAUCUUUCGAAUCCACGGAAACUGGAAACCCCGCAACCGGAUUCCAAUUAGACUCUUCAGGGAUGGGACGACGCCUUCUUCCUGCUGCUGCUUUAUUUCCUCUUUUUUUGUAUUUUUUUCUCUGGUUGAUGUAAUAACUGAUGUAAUGAAUUCUUCCCGAAGAAAGUAUUUUGUCGCAGUUUUUAUUCGCGAAUUUCAUCCGCUGGCAUUUCAUCCCAGUUAGUCUUUUUAACAAGUCCGCUCGGCGCGAGCGGCUGUAUUUUACGCGCGAGAGCCACUAUACCUAUAUCGCGCGCGUUGCGCGCAAUUGUCGUUAAACUUACAGACGCAGAUGCCGAAAUUUCAUAAAUCCGCGAGUUGCAUAUUCCGCGACGUCCUUUGAAACAUCCCUACAGUAUGUACUGUGGUUACCGGAAGCCCGCCUCGCUCAUAAAAUGCCAUUGCUCGCCGGAUUCCUUCGUCAGAUUCUUCCCGUCGUGUCCAAUAAAAAUUCCACGCGCCGCACACUCGUUGAACAAUGCGAGAGACAUAAAUAAAUCUUGGCGUUUCGAAGUUCGCUCGACAAAUUUUCGUUGGAUUAUGUCGAUUCGACUCGACAAAAUUUUAAUCGCGAUGACCGCAUCCUGUUCGUAUACUUUGCAGCUUUCAUAUCAGUCACUGAAUCUUUACCUAGUUCUCUCGCUAUCUACUAAGAUGCCUGCUUCGCGGCAUUAUCAUUAUCAUGUACAUCGUGAUCAUUAUCAGACAGCAUCUGACGUAUGUGACGAAUUAAGUCUACUUAUAUUUGCGAAAAAGCUGAACUGAUAAAAGAUUAACUCACACUAUAUGAUACGGACCGGCAAUGACACAUAAAAUGAGUAUAUUCAGACUGUUUCAACAUCAGGCGUCAGUUGACGACAAUCACAUUCAUUCAGUGAUAAUAAACUGGCUCUUGUACGAAGCAAAAACAUGAAGAAUCGAAAUUGAAAAUCCAGGUCCAUCCGAUAUUAAAUAAAAAUUCUGAAACUGAUAAAUUGGCUCUUAUAAGAAGACAAAGCCGAAGUCAAAAACAUGAAGAAUAAAAAUAAUCGAAAUAAAAAAUGGAUCCAUCCGAUAUUAAAUAAAAAUUCUUAAACUGAUAAAUUGGCUCUUAUACGAAGACAAAGCCGAAGUCAAAAACAUGAAGAAUAAAAAUAAUCGAAAUGAAAAAUGGAUCCAUCCGAUAUUAAAUAAAAAUUCUUAAACUGAUAACUUGGCUCUUAUACGAAGACAAAGUCAAAGUCAAAAACAUGAAUAAUAAAAAUAAUCGAAAUGAAAAAUGGAUCCAUCCGAUAUUAAAUACAUAUUCUGAUAUUAAAUAAAAAACUGAUAAAUUGGCUCUUAGAAGAAGACAAAACCGAAGUUGAAACCACGAGGAAAUAGAAAUCGAAAACGGGUCCAUCCGAUAUUAAAUAAAAGUUCUUAAAUUGAUAUCUUUUUCGGUCGAACAAUGUGAUUAUUACAACAAUCAAAUCAGCUUUCUGCUUUAAUUGUAAGAUUGAACGUAAUGAAACGCUGACGCGUUAUAUUGUGACCUGAUUUCUGACCGGUUCAUUAUCUGUUUUUCCUUUUUUUCAGUGUUAUUUUUUUCUUCAUUGUCGUUGCGAGACAUUAUCAGAGAUUCAAAUAUCGAAAUGUCAAUGUAAGGAUCACUUUGCCAAGUAGGAGAAAUAAUCGCCCAAUUGUCGCUAAUAAUCGAUCGUUUUUACAAAUUAUUAUACGAGCUUUUGCAAGUGGUAAAGUCAAUUAUUUAUUGUGUGACGUUUAUAGCGCACGUGCACGUCGAUCACGUCGAAUUAGCGGAUCGCAAAUAAAGCGAUCGGAUCCGACGGCAAUAGGACAGCGUUGAAUAUUAUCUCGUUUAGAGUAGACUGAUCGAUACUCCGGGGUCAGUUUUAUCGGCGGGAAAGAAGAAAGAGCAUUGCAAUAACGCCGCGCGUGUGUAAUCAUGCCGCGUGAUAGCUUUAUGCUCAGUUAUGCGGUGCACGUAAUUUUUUACUGCAAUACGCACACGCAUGGACGUGAAAGCGACGAGCCCGAUACCGAAACGCGUUCGAACGUACAUUUUGUAAUAUCUUUCGCGUGAUAAAUCAACUGAUCGCGCGCGUAACGGCAAACGUCACGCGCAUGAAAAAAAAACAAAAAAAGCAA